AAAGCAAACGCCGGACAGAUUUCUUGAGCGCCCCUCAAGAGACUCUGGGGAAAGGGAAUUUGGGUUGAGUUUAAUGACUCUAAGAGCAACUGGUGUAUAGAGGAAUGCAAGUUCUUGGCCAGCGGUGGAAGAAACUAUUGGAACAGACAGGCUGAUCUGGGAGGACCCAUCCGGAAGGGGAGGUAGAGGUUGUCAUAUAGGCAAUUGGGAGUAUGUACCAAAGCAGCUGCUUUCCAAAAGGGGGAUGUAAAUUCCUUUAGAGUGGAAGAGAAGGAACCUCAUAUGCUCUGGCUUGGCGACCAGAAAUCACUGUCAGCGAUUUGCCACCUAGUUCAUUUGUGAACUGAAGUUCUAUGGCUCGUGCAACAGAGCAGCAAUGGGAAUUUGGUGGACUACUGCUCUGGUCCAGCAUAUAGCUCUUAUCCCAUGCUACCAGGCAGCUUUUCGAUGGAUGAUAAUAGAAGGAUUCAAAUGCUGGCAGACACUGUGGCUACUUUGCCUCGGGGACGAAAGCAGCUUGCUUUGACAAGAUCAAGUUCUUUAGGUGACUUUUCCUGGUCUCAAAGAAAGCUUGUUACUGUGGAAAAGCAGGAUAAUGGAACAUUUGGAUUUGAAAUUCAGACGUACAGGCAGCAGAACCAGAACACCUGCUCCUCAGAGCUGCGCACCCUGAUCUCCAAAAUUCAGGACGACAGCCCAGCACAAUGUGCUGGCCUCCAAGCUGGUGAUGUCCUUGCAAAUAUCAAUGGUGUGAGCACAGAAGGCUUUACCCACAAGCAAGUCGUUGACCUGAUCAGAUCAUCAGGAAACCUGCUAAUGAUAGAGACUCUUAAUGGAACAACGAUUCUCAAAAGAAUAGAGCUUGAAGCAAAGCUGCAAGCUUUAAAGCAAACCUUGAAGAAGAAAUGGGUGGAGUUCAGAUCUCUGCAGUUACAAGAACAACGCUUGCUUCAUGGUGAUGCAGCUAACUGCCCAAGUUUGGAAAACAUGGACAUAGAUGAAUCAAUGUUGUUUGGAACCCUACCUGGGCCAGGCCCAGCCCUCUUGGAACGGAAUCGAAUAUCCAGUGAGAGCAGCUGUAAGAGCUGGCUGAGCUCUAUGACAAUGGACAGUGAGGACGGUUACCAGACAUGUGUGUCUGAGGACUUGAGCAGGGGAGCCUUCAGCCGGCAGACAAGCACAGAUGAUGAGUGCUUUGUCCUCAAGGAUGGGGAUGAUUUUUUGAAGAGGUCAUCUUCAAGGAGGAAUCGGAGCAUUAGCACCGCCAGCAGUGGGUCCAUGUCUCCCAUGUGGGAAAGCAACUUCUCAAGCAUGUUUGGGACCCUGCCUCGGAAAAGCAGAAGGGGCAGUGUCCGGAAACAACUCUUGAAAUUCAUCCCUGGCCUUCACCGCCCUGUGGAAGAGGAAGAGAGUCACUUUUGAUAUGUUGUGGUGCCCUUUUGUAUGAGCUUAUUUUGUAAAUGUUGCUAGAUCAACUCCACCCAUCUUAGUGGGAAAAUGCAAAUGGAUUGCAAAUCUGACCUCCCAUUUCUUGGCAAUAGUGACCUUUAUUUAAAUUUUCCUAUCAUUAUUUUUACUUACUCAAUCAUUUUUCAACCAGAACAGCUCAAGUUUUAAACAGACAUUAGUGAAAUAAAGUUAUAAGUCAGAUAAUAUACAAAUUAACAAGUGCCUGCUCAUUCUAAUGCUGCUUAUGAAGGCAAGGGUAAUAUUUAUUUUCUAGAUAAUCCACGUAAAAAAUUGAGAACUUUUGGGUUCAAAUAAAUAAAAGUGUAAAUAAAAUUGACAGAAUGUCAUUAUUUGGACUGUCGUCUGUAGGUUAUUCGUAGGUUUUAAAAGUUUAUGUUAGCUUAAGAUCAGUAAUCUCUGGGGAGGCUUAAUAAUAGACAGUUUUGAAUGUUUCUGUUCAAAGAUGAUCAUAAGCCAUUCUUCACAUUUAUAGUCAUAAUAAAGCAGAAAGUAUGAAUUAAUGUGAGAGUGUACACUUCAUGUAUCCAUGGGAAAAUAUUGUCUAAGGUGUGUGCUGAGGAAGUUUAUAAUUUUUUUUAUAGGCAGCCUAAACAAAAUGGGUGGGAAUGUCUUUCUUACCCAGUUCAUAUUUUGUUCUGCCUAAACAUUGAUGACAAGUCUAGAACUCUCGAGAGCCUACAACUUUGUGAUAUUUUUUUAAACAAAUGUCUAAAAUUUGAAAAAUUAGAGUCAGAAAAGUGAUUUUCCUCCUGCAGAUUUUUUCAAAUCUGUCUUCACUUUAUAUUAUAUAUUUCAAAUAAUUAUUGCCUCAGCACUUGUUUGCCUGUUAUGUUAGUAUCACAUUACUACUAGCCAUCCAGUCACAUUUUUAUUCAAUACCCAUUAAAGUCCAUGAUUAUUCUGUUCCGGUGCUCAUUGCAUAUAUUCUAGAAUAGCUAAUCCAGACAAUAAAUAGUCCUUAUUGAUUUUAAGCUCUCUCUCUCUCUCUCUCUCUCUCUCUCUCUCUCUCUCUCUCUCUCU